AUGUAUUCUCAUAAAUAUUCUAAAUGUGAGCCUCAACCACAACCCAACGUGUUGUGCCCUCCUUAGCCCAUGUACUCAGCCAACUAAAUAAUACCACACAGUACUGGAGGUUUCCCUCGGCCAGCUUACUGCGGACAACUUCCUACUACCGAGUCUUCGCCCUGCACUCCGUCGUCUAUCUAACGAGUUGCACAACGGGCAUGGGUUCUUCGUGAUUCGAGGCCUGCGUGUCGAUGAAUAUACGCGCCCCGAUAAUGUUCUCAUCUAUCUGGGACUCUCAACUCAUCUAGCGCCACAACUCGGCCGCCAAGACUAUCAAUUUGAUGGCCAACCUGACGAUGUGCUUUUGGCUCAUGUCAAAGAUCUCUCGUUGCUAUCGUCGUCGUCUGGGCCCAACGGCGGUAUCAUUGGUAGUCCCGCCUACACCACCAAUAAGCAAGUCUUUCACACAGAUACUGGCGACAUUGUGUCGCUCCUGGCACUCGAGACAUCAGCCGAAGGUGGCGCUAGCAAUUUUGUAAGCACUUGGAGGGUAUACAAGUAAAGCCCAGACGCGGCCUAAUCUGAUUCAUACACUAUCCCAACCAUGGGACGUGGAUGCGUAAGUUCUCUCCAGCUCCUCCUCUCUUUCUCUACGGGCCCUGAGGUCGGCUUUCUUACAGGUCCGAAAAGAAUGACCGGCAAUUUGAGCAACGUCCAAUCCUCUUUCAUUUCCCCGCUACGGCGUCGACACCUGAGCGGGUUGGUUUGCAGUACUCGCGGCGGUACUUCGUCGGUUUUGGAGCGCUCCCACGAAGCGACAAUAUCCCCCCAAUCACUGAGGCUUAA